AGUAGCGCCAGUAGCCUGCAUGCUUUGGCUGCGGUAUGACGUGUUUUUUUAAACUUCCUUCUUCCCACCGCAUCGAGUUAUUACACUCUCUCCGACCCCGCCGCGAAAUAAAUCGCGCGAGGUAGGCGGGUAACCCUUUUCCCCUUAACCCCAUCGUUGUCCAAAAGGACAUUAUUGAAAUCAUCGAACAUCGUUAAAAGAAAGUGAAAGGGGGUCGUGAAGAAACAACGUCUAAGCUCGUGUCUCAUUCUUGUUUCAUAAAGGAGCAACAAACGAAUAAUCGUCGCGGGACUCGAAGUUCGUGCGUUUGUAAAAAGACUCGCGUUUCUACUCCUUGUGUGUAUUUUCGACAUUGUGUUAUUUUUAUUCCGUGUGUGCGUGCGUACUUGUGUAUCUGUGCUUUUCCAAUCAAUCGUAUAAAAAACAAAACGGAGGCUCUGUAUUUUCGGAGGAAUAAUUACUAAACGGAGCAACAAGACGGAAAAAUGAAAAGAACAUAAUUGAGCAUGUAUACGUAGUGUGGAUUCUAUACAGGGAUUUAUAUGUGUAGGAAUCCGUAUAGGAGUGUAGACCGAAGAAUAGUAUACACAUGAAGGAAACGGUAAGCGUCGACGCCCGGGACUAUCAGUGAGCGACGAAAAAAGACGAAUAGACGCCUAAGAUUUUUGACCUGGCCAAAAAAAAGACGCCGGGGAAAGAAGAUCGAAACAUCGAGUUUGUUAGCAGCGAACAUAAAAGCAGUCUAGACCUUGCUCUCCACUCGUUUUACCAGCACGUCCGCAUUGCCUUCCCCCACCCUCUUUCUCUCUCUCUCUCUCUCAAUCGUCUUAUUGUUCUCGCAUUUUCCUUCGGCAAUUUUGACCACGUCCGAAUUUUUAUUCUUCCCAUUGACGUACUCUGUCCUAUAUUUCGUUUCGCCUUUUAUUUUCUCAGAUAUAAUAAAAAAAAAAAAAUACUACAUUGGCUGUGCCUCGAUUGUCCAAGACAAAAGAGAAGAAAACGUUGAUGAUCGCCAGCUGAGCGUGAUAGCCCGAACUGUAAUCUCCCUCACCCUCUCCCCCCGCUCUUCGUAGUGCAUCGAGAGUGACAACAAAGAAGAAAUAACGAACGAUGAUUGAGAGGAUGUGAAAAAAAAUGUUACACGGCCGAGGGGAGAGAAACAUCGAAGAAUACGCUCUCUCAAAUAAAGGCCAAGAAAAAAAAAGAGAUAAGGUGAGAAAAAGGGAAAACUCGAAUAGAGAAUUUUUUCCGGAGCAAACCAACGCGAUACAUAAAGAAAAAGAGAGAGAGAGAGGGAGCGAGCGAGCAAUCUUGUAACCUAACUUUAGCUGUUUUUCUGCAUAACCUUAUAAAAUUGAAUAAACAAUGAAAAUUGCCUUUCCGUAUAUUAUACGGAAACAAGAGAAAUCAGAUUGAACUGAACUCAAGAAAUCAAAUUUGCACUCAAUUCGAGUUUUUAAAUAUUGCAAUAACGGUUUCGUAUGUUGCGUGUACAAAGAGGAGCGAAGAGGCGGGAAUUUCAAAUGUCUUAAGAUCGCUACGAAAUUGAAUAGCAGAUCGGGAUAACACGAAAAUAUGACAUUGAUAAACAGUUGAAUGUGACCAAUCACGAUCAGUCGUAACGAGUUUUCGUUUCGCCACGAUAAGAUAUCUGUAAAACAAAUAUUUAUAGAAGAGUUAAAAUUUUGGAGGCCAUUGUUCGUUUCUCCGAAUUCCACGAAUAAGUGACGGUUUCGUGAUUAUUUUCAAGUUCUUUAGAAUUUUAGAGUGAAGUGCGAAUAAGUGAAAUCGUUGAAAGGAAUAUUAAAAUAAAAGAAGGAUCAACGGGUUAGUAAAAGUGCCGGAGGUCGAGCGGUUACGGGUAAGGGAGAUAGAGGACGUUCAGAGUGUCCUUAGGAAGGACUUGAUGGCAGUAGUGGGGCCCAGUCGGCACUCACGGGUGUCCAUGAGCGUGUCGAUGUCGUUGAUGCAGGGGGCUGCACCCGGUACGACAGGCGGCGGUGGCGGUGGCGGUGGUGGCGGAGGCGGCGGUGGCGGCGGUGCAACUACGGGGUCUCAUCCGGCUCAAUCGCGCCUGGGCCGCGGUGCCGCUGUCGCUGCCGCCGCUGUUGCGGUCGCUGCGGCCCAGGCCCCUCCCACUUAUUAUCAUCCGGCAGCUCCAGCACCUCCCCCACCGCCGCCGACUCAGGAUCCCGUUCAGCCCGACAGGCCCAUUGGUUACGGUGCAUUUGGCGUUGUUUGGGCGGUGACGGAUCCAAGGGAUGGAAGGCGGGUCGCAUUAAAAAAACUGCCAAACGUCUUUCAAAGUCUUGUAAGCAGUAAAAGAGUAUUCAGGGAGCUCAAGAUGCUUUGCUUCUUCAAACACGAGAACGUUUUAUCAGCCCUCGAUAUUCUACAACCACCUCAUCUAGACUUCUUCCAAGAAAUAUACGUGAUAACGGAGCUGUUGCAGAGCGAUCUUCACAAGAUAAUCGUUAGUCCGCAGCAUCUCAGUCCGGACCACAUCAAGGUCUUCCUCUACCAGAUUCUCAGGGGUCUCAAGUACCUGCACUCGGCGAGGAUUCUCCACCGGGACAUAAAACCAGGAAAUCUUCUGGUCAACAGCAAUUGCGUUUUGAAGAUAUGUGACUUCGGUCUGGCGAGAGUGGAAGAGCCCGAUCAGAAUAAACACAUGACCCAAGAGGUUGUAACGCAGUAUUACCGAGCGCCAGAAAUUCUCAUGGGGGCACGACAUUACACAGCCGCUGUCGAUGUUUGGAGUGUUGGUUGUAUAUUCGGUGAAUUGCUUAGACGACGAAUUCUCUUUCAAGCCCAAAGUCCUGUCCAACAGUUGGAACUGAUAACGGAGCUUCUGGGAACGCCAACCCUCGAGGAUAUGAGGUACGCGUGCGAGGGUGCGAGAUCCCACAUGCUGAGACGAGCACCAAAGCCACCCUCGCUAACAGCUCUCUACACACUCAGCAGUCAGGCAACCCACGAGGCUGUUCAUCUGCUUUGCCAGAUGCUCGUAUUCGAUCCGGACAAAAGAAUCACGGUUGUGGAUGCAUUAGCGCAUCCUUACCUCGACGAGGGAAGACUAAGAUACCACUCGUGCAUGUGCACGUGUUGUUACACAACUAGUGCUGGAAUGAGACAAUACACCGGAGAUUUUGAGCCGGCCACGUCUCAUCCCUUCGACGAUCUUUGGGAACGCAAACUUACGAGCGUGCAACAGGUCAAAGAGGAAAUGCACAAAUUCAUAGCGGAACAGCUGAACACGUCGCGCGUGCCGCUGUGCAUAAACCCGCAGUCCGCGGCGUUCAAGAGUUUCGCAAGCUCCACGGUGGCUCAUCCCUCGGAAUUGCCCAUCGCCUCACCAGUGGGAAUGAAACGAUGUUCCGUCAUCGAAGUUCGGGGUUCUUCGAAAUUUUCCUUGUUUGCCAUCACUCAAGAUCAAGCCUCUAUCGAUUCCGAUGCCUCUUCGAUAUUGUGAAAACAGCUGACAUUUGUAAAGGUUGCAAACGUCUUAAAGAAACAUAAGGAUGAGCGAGAAGAGAAAAUGGAAAAACAAUGAAACGAGAACCGAAGGACCACCGGGACGAGCCAUGAGAGACAAUAGACUGCCGAGCACCGUAGCCUCAAUUUUUUUCGACUAUAGCUGAACUAAUACUGCAUAGCUCGAGUCAUUCAAUUGAUCGAAAGCCUGUUAACGAUGCCGCGCUUUCCUCAUGGUUUUUCAAAUCUCUGUUGACACUCAACCAAUCCCUCUUUUGUCCAAUGUCACACUUUCUACAAAAACUGAAAGAUUUAGAAGCAAAGCCAUGAAUUUAUAGGAAACCGGCCGAUUCUAAACGGAUUUUGAUUUUAAAAUCAGACUCUCACUUUUGCUCUCCACUUUCGUGAGAGUAACAAACGGCUGAACGAAUCGUUACACCUUUCGACUCAGUGAUCCGAUUUAUGUAUGAUUACGGAUAUUAUUAUAUAUACAUGAAAAAUCGUGAAGUACAGAUACUAUUACGGUAUACGUACACAGUGGAUAAAGCGUCAGAGUCGUUUAACAAAUAGUACGAAUGGUAUUGGAUAAAAUCAUUAAAGAAUAUAAAGAAAAUUAUGUGGAGGAAAGCGUUGAGCAAUUUUGACGCACGGAGGGUAGGACCAUUGCGUAAAUAAAUUUGUGAUUUCGUAGCGGGUAACAAGAAAUUUUCGUUACGAAAAAAGACAGUUUUCUUUUUUCUUCGUGUGUUUUCUACAUGUUUUUCUCAAUUUUUAUCUCUCGUACGUUAUUCAACGCGAAAUAUAAAAUUGCAAGUAAAAACAACAUUUAAAAAAUAUGAAAAAUUGAGACUGGAUAGACGCGCAAAAAACGACCAAAACCCGUUCGACGAAUACCGAUUGGAAAGAAAAACGAAAAAUACACAUAGCCCUAUGGGCUAACGAUUGACUUCAUUGGAUUUUUUUCCGAGAAAUAUAUAGAGAACGGGGCCUGGCAAAAUCGGAAAAAAAACAACGAGAAAUUUAAGUAUAAUGAAUGACCAGCUUGGAGCAUUUUUUCGAGCAUUUGACUAAGCAUUUUUAUUGGUAAAUGUAUUUUUUACCUUAAGAAUUCAACGUCACCGUAAUUAUAAAUUAGAUCGGAAAAAAAUUUAGUUGCAAUUUGCAUUUAUUUUCGGGGAAUUUCGCAAUAUUUCUCUAUUUCUUUAUCACCAGGUCGAUCAUACGAUUUCAGUCAGCUUGAUUAUUUUUUUCGUUUUUUUGUCUCGCGUCUUUUAUUACGUAGAAAAAAAGACGCAAAGCUCAUAUUACCCUCGGAUUUGACUAAUUAUGAGCUCGCAAGAUGCCUAGGAACGUGCAAUUCCUGAUUCAAAAUGAAUUAGUAAUCAAAGCUCGGGCAAUUGUUGAUUCUGCGAACUUUUUGAUUUGCAUUUGUCGCGCACACUAAAAUUUUUUUUUUUGUUUCCGUCGAUUAUAACAAAUAAUGUAAUAGGAGGAAAAAAAUUUUUGUACAGAAAUCGAUUAAUUUGGAACUUUCAAAUAGUUAUUCAUAAAUUCGUUCAUUAUAUCAGUCACUUACGUAAUGCAUUGGACAGACACUGCCCCACCCAAGGAUCUCAAAAUAAAAACAAAAUAUAAAAAAACAAAAGACGCAAAAUCGUAUUUCGCUUAACUCAAAGAAUUUUCAAUGGUUAUGAAUAUCUUAAGGAGAAUACAACGGAAAUACGAAUACGAUGACGCAUUUUUACGGAGAUCGAUGUAAAUAGUGAGAAUUCCCAAUUAUUUUAGAAAGAAAAACAAGUCGAUAAGAUUUUUGGUGGAACGCUAAUGAUUUUUGUUUGUUCGAUAUGGACAAGCGUGUGCGCAAACGUAUCCGAAUUUUUCUUUGAAAGAAUAAACACGACAUGGUAUUCCACCGAAUAUGUUAUAUUCUGAGUGUGAUUCUAGAUUUAAGGCAAUUAUACAGAGAGAAAAAGAUGAUCCAGAAAUGAAAAGUUGUAAGAGAAAAAUAAAAUAACGUAGGUCAAUAGGGCCUAGAGAUUUAUAACGUAGAAUAUCAAUAUGAAGUGAAUACCGAAGCAAAACGGGCACGAAUAAAACGAGAUCAGAAAACAAUGACAUUUAUAGAUACACGAAGAUAACCUGCUUGAUAUUUUUUAUUGCGAGAAUUUUCCAACUUGGAUCAACAACGAUUAUUUUAUUUUGUCCGUGCUAACGUGGUUUUUAGAAGGAGAGAGAGAAAGAGAGAAGUUCGCAAGAUCGAGAUAAACAUAGCGACUUUUACAAGAUUUUCCAUAUUCUCAACGUCCAAAAAUAGCAACGCUAAAUACCACUAAAGUUCGACGUGAACUCAUCAAUUUUUUGUAAAUAAUUCAUCACUUUCCUCCAUUAUUGUAUAUAAAAAACACCCCGUCGAAUUAUUGAUACGCUCGCGAGAUAAUAAAAUUUUUCCUACUUCGUCUCUUUGUCGAUUCCCAAUGUCGACCUCUACACCUAAUUUUCCGAAUUCAAUCGACCUUUUUCUGUGAUAAAUGCUAUCACACGUGUGCAUUUUUUUGUACGAAAGCAACUCUCCUAAAUGUGCCAAAGCUAUCACCAUAAAAAUACCUAUAAAACAUGGAACAUUUCAGAAUAAUCGGAAAUUUCUUGAACUUCAAACUAAAAUUCGGCUGUCACUUGCAUUUUUUGAAACUAGAAUGAAUCAAUUUAUAAAUUAAAUUUGUCUCGUUAUUACUCGAUCGUGAGCCUUAAUUUCACCGUUUCAUUGAACGGAUUCACAAUUCAUUGCAUAUUUGACGUUAUCAUGGAAUCUUAUUUUCAAAUGAAUUCGGAACAAGUUUGAAAAGAGAAAGAAGGGGAAAGUAUGUAAUAGGCAUGGUUGUAAACAAAUAUAUAAAUGUACAAUUUCUCAAGCGGUUCGGUAGACUUGCGGGGUUCAAUCCUCGUUGCGCGCACUUGUAAAUAUGAUAUAUAAAAGAAUAUGAUUAAUCGUCAGAAAGGUAAAAAAAAAUGGAAGGAUUCGAGGUUAAAAAAAGGUCGAUAGGAGCUUGAACGGAGCAGCAGUAAGCAGCUAGUAAAGCUCUCGUAAUUAUUAGCCAGUGUCCUGCCAAUUAGCCAGCGAACGCUGCCGUAACAUGAUAACAUGUUCAAUUUUCGUGAUGAACAAGUUUUUCUGUAAACGAUAUUUUUAUUUCUAUAUUCUGUAUAACGGCUUUGUACUUCCAGCUCUGUAACUCAAUCGCGAUAUUUUACAUAUAUAUUUUGGUCCUCUAUGAAUUAAUCUUUGUUCCCGUUCUGGACGUCAAAAUUUAGUUUUCUCUUUCCCAAAUUACUGGUCAUAUGAAAGCGGUAAGAGCUAACAAAAAUAAUAAUGGAAAAUCAUUGGGACAAUAUACUCAUGUGAGUAAAACCUCGCGAUUGAGGGGACGAGUUCGAUGUUUCCUAUGAAAACAUUGAAAAAGAAAGUGAAAAUGAACGAAAAAAAAUUUUGAAAAAUAAUGAAAAGACUUUUAAAAGCGCGAUGAUGACGAUUUUUUGUAAAUAAUAAUAAAUAUUAAACGUAAAGAUAAUCAAUUGGCUCGCUGUAGCUGUUCAGUUGGGCAUUCGAUGAACCGAAAAUUUCGGUUUUUGUCACAUACUCGAUUUAGAAAAUUAUAAAAAAAAAAAAAAAAAAUCAGAAAAAAACAAGUUUUUUUCGCACUCAAAAAAAAUAUAUUCGGCGUUUCUUCGUCAUGAGAGAUGUUGUGACAUGACGAAAUUAAGAGGAGGAAGAAAAAAUGGAGAUGAACGGGCGUUGAAAAAGUAUCGGAAGAGGCGAUAUAUACAUUAUCGAACUAACGCUCCAAUGUUUCUGUAUGUGUUUGUUGUACGUGCCUGCCUGCAUGGGUAUGCGCGUGUGAUGAUAAUUCGUAAAAUUCGCAAGAACAACGUUAUUUUACCCAUAAGGUAUAAUUAGAACCAGAUUGCAAAAAAUGCAUCAGCAACGUAUCAUUUACAAUAGUAGACAUGCCUUGAUCAUUAAAAAGUAGGGGCAAAGCAGCAAGAUGCACCAAACAAUAAAGUUGCUAUAAAAAACACUA